AUGAAGCGACACUCGUUCGGGUUCUUCCACCCGUUCACGAACGACGGGGGAGGCGGCGAGCGAGUGCUGUGGUGCGCCGUACGCGCUAUACAGGAGCUUGACCCCUUGGCGCAAUGUUUCGUCUACACCGGCGACGUGGCGUCUCCUGAUUCGCUGGCGGAGAGAGCACACAACCUGUUCGGAGUGGUGCUGCCUCGGCCAGUCGAGGUCGUCCGCCUGUCCUACCGCCAUCUAGUGGAGGCCUCCCUCUACCCGCGCUUCACCCUCCUCGGCCAAUCGCUGGGCUCCAUGGCUCUCGCACUAGAGGCCGUUCUCCGCCGCCCACCGGCUGUUUUCGUGGAUACGGCUGGAUACGCGUUUUCUUAUCCUGUUGUGAAGCUGCUGUUAGGGGGACAACGGGCAGGAGGAGGGGGAGGGAGAGGAGGAGGGUGUUUGGUGGUGUGUUAUACACACUAUCCGACGAUCAGUGGAGACAUGUUGCAGCGGGUGCAGCAGCGCACUAGCAUGUAUAACAACGAUGAUACUGUUGCUAACAGCGCUGUUCUCUCCUCCUCCAAGCUCUAUUACUAUCGCUUCUUCGCUUACCUAUACGGGUGGGCGGGCGGGCACGCUGACGUCACCAUGGUCAACUCCUCCUGGACCGAGGGCCACAUUCGGCGAAUCUGGACGCGCAACAAGCCGAGCUCCGUGCAUCGGGUUUACCCCCCCUGCGACACCGCUGCCCUCCAGGCUCUUCCUCUCUCUCGCCCCGCGUCAAAAUACAUAAUAUCUGUUGCCCAGUUCCGACCAGAAAAGAAUCACGCAUUGCAGCUCCGAGCUUUUGCACAGGCCAUAAAGCCCGCACAACCAUCCGAUCCAACGGCUGACGCUCCAUCAAAACCUGAUCCGAUGACUGGCGUGCGCCUGAAGCUGGUGGGCAGCAGCCGGCACCGGGAGGACGAGAAGCGCAUUGAGCUGCUGGGGUGCCUGGCGGUGUCGUUGGGCAUUGAGAGACGCGUUGAUUUCAUCGUCAACACUCCCUUCAGGGAGCUGCAACAGUUACUAGGUGGUGCUACGUGCGGCAUCCACACCAUGUGGGAUGAGCAUUUUGGUAUCAGCGUGGUCGAAUACAUGGCAGCCGGGGCUAUUCCUAUCGCUCACAACUCUGCCGGCCCGAAAAUGGACAUAGUAGUGCCGGCCUGCCAUGCUGGUUACAGAAAAGGAGGAGGGAAGGAAAAGAUGGAAGAGGAGGAGGGAGAUGGGGAGGGAGACAAGGAGGGAGGCGACGAGGAGCAAUCAGAGAAGCAAUCAGAGCCGUUGAUCCUGAAGGGGCAGCUAGAAGCUGAGUCAUUGGGCUGCCCUGUAGGGUUUUUGGCGACGACUGAGGACGAAUACGCUGCUGCCAUGCGGGCGGUUUUCGCCAUGUCAGCGGAGGAGAGGGAGCGGAUGGCGACAGCUGGCAGGGAGAGAGCCAAGAGAUUCUCUGAGGAGAAUUUUGAUAAGAGCUUCAAGGACGUAUUAGGACCCGUGCUUGGAUUGGCGGAGCCUGAAGCGCCAGUGGCGGAAACGCGGGGCGGAAAGCCUCUGCCAGCUGCGGAUCCUGCAGCGCCGUGGAGCGUAGGGCAUCCCGAGGGGCAUCCGCGAAGCCCCUUCCUGCGCCUGCACCAAGAAAUUGUGGAGUUCUGCCGGUUUGUGGAGGCCUCGGAGCAGGAGAAGCAGGCGCGGGCGGAGGCGGUGGGGCGGGUGACAGCUGUCAUCCAGAGCAUCUGGGCGCACUGCCACGUGGAGGUGUUUGGUUCGUACGCCACGGGGGUGUACCUCCCCACGAGUGACGUGGACGUGAGUAUCCCAGCUGUCAUUGGGCAAGCACGUGUGCCCAUCAUCAAGUUUUUGGAGAUCGCCAGUGGAGUGUCGUUUGACAUCAGCUUUGAUACGUCAAAUGGGCCUGAAACUGCAAAAUUCAUCCGGAAAUCCAUGAAGGCCAUGCCAGCACUGCGCCCCAUCUCUCUCGUGUUGAAGCUCUUCCUGCAGCAGAGGGGCCUCAACGAGGUGUUCACAGGAGGGAUUGGCUCCUACGCCCUGCUGGUCAUGAUCAUGACGCAUUUACAGACCCACCACAGCCGCUUUUCAAAUGGAAAGCUAGAGCAGAACCUGGGGGUACUACUGAUUGACUUCUUUCACCUCUACGGUCGCGGCCUCAACACAUCAGACGUGGGGGUGUCGGCUCGGCAUGGGGGCAGAUUCUUCCUCAAGAGAGAUAGGGGCAUGGUGCAGCAGAAUCGCUUCAUGCUGGCAGUGGAGGAUCCUCAGAUGCCCAGCAACGACCUGAGCAGGGGCAGCCACAACAUCCACAAU